CCCGGCGCCCGCGGAGCCGCCCACUUCGCCGGGUCGGGCCCGACGGCGGGAGCUUGGAUGCGUCGGCGCCCGCCGAGCCGGGGCGGACGCGGGGCGGCCCGCGCCGGGAGGACGCGCCGGGAGCCCUGGCACCGCAGCGGCCGCAGGAUGGCUGAGGCUAUUGGCUGUACUCUGGACUGUAGUUGCCAAAGUUUCAAACCUGGGAAAAUAAACCACCGUCAGUGUGAGCAGUGCAAACAUGGAUGGGUAGCCCAUGCUCUAAGUAAGCUGAGGAUCCCUGCUGUGUAUCCAACAAGCCAGGUAGAGAUUGUCCAGUCCAAUGUGGUGUUUGAUAUUAGCAGCCUCAUGCUCUAUGGGACCCAGGCCAUCCCUGUUCGCCUGAAAAUCCUACUUGACCGACUCUUCAGUGUAUUGAAGCAAGAUGAGGUUCUCCAGAUCCUCCAUGCCUUGGACUGGACCCUUCAGGAUUACAUCCGUGGAUAUGUGCUACAGGAUGCAUCAGGAAAAGUGCUGGAUCACUGGAGCAUCAUGACCACUGAGGAGGAAGUGGCCACCUUGCAACAGUUUCUUCGUUUUGGAGAGACCAAGUCCAUAGUUGAACUCAUGGCAAUUCAAGAGAAAGAAGAGCAAUCCAUCAUCAUACCACCUUCUACAACAAAUGUAGAUAUCAGGGCUUUCAUCGAGAGCUGCACCCACAGGAGUUCUAGUCUCCCCACUCCUGUGGACAAAGGAAACCCCAGCAGUAUACACCCCUUUGAGAACUUCAUAAGCAACAUGACUUUCAUGCUGCCUUUCCAGUUCUUCAACCCUCUGCCUCCACUGAUAGGGUCACUGCCUGAUCAAUAUAUGCUGGAGCAGGGUCAGGACCAAAGUCAGGACCCCAAACAGGAAAUCCAUGGGCCCUUCCCUGAUAGCAGUUUCUUAACUUCCACACCAUUUCAGGUUGACAAAGAUCAGUGUUUAAACUGCCCAGAUGCUGUUACUAAAAAAGAAGACAAUACCCAUUUAAGUGACUCCAGCUCAUACAACAUUGUGGCUAAGCUUGAAAGGACACGGUUGUCCCCUGAGGCCAAGGUGAAGCCUGAGAGGAAUAGCCUCAGCACAAAGAAGGGCCGGGUGUUCUGCACUGCAUGUGAGAAGACCUUCUAUGACAAAGGCACCCUCAAGAUCCACUACAACGCUGUCCACCUGAAGAUCAAGCAUAAGUGCACCAUCGAAGGGUGUAACAUGGUGUUCAGCUCCCUAAGGAGCCGGAACCGCCACAGUGCCAACCCCAACCCUCGGCUGCACAUGCCAAUGAACAGAAAUAACCGAGACAAAGAUCUCAGGAACAGCCUGAACCUGGCAAGCUCUGAGAACUACAAGCGCCCAGGUUUCACGGUGACAUCACCGGACUGUAGGCCUCUUCCCAGCUACCCUGGGUCAGGGGAGGAUUCCAGAAGCCAGCCUGCUUUCCCAAACAUUGUCCAGAAUGGUGUGCUCUUUCCCAACCUGAAGACAGUCCAGCCAGUCCUUCCUUUCUACCGCAGUCCAGCCACGCCCGCUGAGCUGGCAAACACACCUGGGAUGCUGCCUUCUCUUCCUCUGUUGUCCUCUUCAAUCCCAGAACAGCUGGUUUCAAACGAAAUGACAUUCGAUGCCCUUCCCAAGAAGAAAUCCCGGAAGUCCAGUAUGCCUAUCAAAAUAGAGAAGGAAGCUGUGGAAAUAGCUGAGAAGAGGCACAGCCUCAGCUCAGAUGAAGACCUGCCCCUGCAGGUGGUCAGUGAAGAUGAGCCGGAGGCCUGCAGCCCUCAGUCAGACAGAGCAUUUGAGGAGCAGCACAUGCAGUCAGGAAACUUAGGGAAGCCUCUUCCUGAAGAAGAGAGGCCCUGCCAUCUUGAAUCAGUGAUUGAGUCCAGUAGAGCCAUCAGCCGAACCCCUGAGCAGACCACACACAACUCAGAGAGAGGGACUGAACAGAUGCCGGCAUUGAUCAUGGUGCCAAGAGAGGUGGAGGAUGGUGGCCUUGAACAUCACUUUUCACCUGGGAUAGAGCCCCGAGUUCCUUUUUCUGACUACAUGGAACUGCAGCAACGCCUGCUGGCUGGAGGACUCUUCGGUGCUUUGUCCAACAGGGGAAUGGCUUUUCCUUGUCUCGAAGAGUCUAAAGAACUGGAGCACAUGGGUCAGCAUGCAUUAAUGAGGCAGAAGGAAGAAAAUCACUUCCAGUGUGACAUCUGCAAGAAGACCUUUAAAAAUGCUUGCAGUGUGAAAAUGCACCACAAGAAUAUACAUGCCAAAGAAACGCACGCAUGCACGGUGGAGGGCUGCAAUGCCACCUUCCCUUCCCGCAGGAGCAGAGACAGACAUAGUUCAAACCUAAACCUCCACCAAAAAGCUUUGACCCAAGAGGCACUGGAGAGCAGUGGAGACCAUUUCCGUGCAGCUUACCUUCUGAAAGAUGUGGCUAAGGAGGCCUAUCAGGAUGUGGCUUUCACACAGCAAGCCUCCCAGACAUCUGUCAUCUUCAAGGGAACGAGUCGAAUGGGCAGUCUGGUUUACCCAAUAACCCAGGUCCACGGUGCCAGCCUGGAGAACUACAGCUCUGGCCCCCUGAGUGAGGGAACCAUCCUGGAUUUGAGCACUACCUCGAGCAUGAAGUCGGAGAGCAGCAGCCAUUCCUCCUGGGACUCUGACGGGGCUAGUGAGGAGGGCACCGUGCUCAUGGAUGACAGCGAUGGGAACUGUGAAGGGCCGAGCCUUGUCCCUGGGGAGGACGAGUACCCCAUCUGUGUGCUGAUGGAGAAGGCCGACCAGAGCCUCGCCAGCCUGCACUCUGGCUUGCCCAUAACCUGUCACCUCUGCCGAAAGACAUACAGUAACAAAGGGACCUUUAGGGCCCACUACAAAACAGUGCACCUCCGCCAGCUCCACAAAUGCAAAGUGCCGGGCUGCAACACCAUGUUUUCAUCUGUUCGCAGUCGAAACAGACACAGCCAGAAUCCCAACCUGCACAAAAGCCUGGUCUUGUCUCCCGCUCACCCCCAGUAACAAGAUGGCAGACCAAGUAUGCUCUGAUCAGCCUGUGUCAUGAUUCAGGAAUAAGGCAGUCCAAAGCAAUGUUUCUGACUAGUACUGUUUGGGGCAAGCCAGGCAAAAAGUGUUUGAUUUGGCUUUAUAGUUUUCUACAGCAGGAUAAGCAGAAGACAAGCCUUGCAGGAAGUUGACACUUGGGCUGCCAUUCCUAUUAUUAUUUUUCUUAGCCCAAGAGGUUUUUCACUGACAUAAGGAAAACUUGCAGAAAUGUGGUUUUUCCCAGAUUUGUUUACAUGUUCCCUGAGAGAGCAGAUCAUGGGGGGGGGGGCAGGACCUGGGGGACAGCUUCACAUGAGGCUUGCAAUGUUAAGGGUCUUGGGGAAGAAGUGUCCUAGGGAAGAAGACUGUCACCACAGGCAAGAUGCCAGUCCAAAGAUUUCAUUUUCAGUCCUUCUCUAAUGACUCGGCAAAAUCCAGGCUUGAGUUUGGGAAAGUGACUUUAUACAAUCCUUCCAUUUGAGGUGGGUAAUUGUCUUCCCCUCCCUCUCUGGCCAAAGGUCUCGUAUGUUACCCCAGGGAGUUCUCAGAGGAGAUGGUUGGCCUCUGACACAUUCCUUGUUAAUUCUUGUCUGAUAACACUUGUUCAGGAAGCUGGGGGAAAAUAUCUCCUGCACUUAAAAAUAGCGGUCUUCAAUUUAAUUUAAACUGAUUUUGAAAAUAAUUUGUGCCAAUGUGAUUAUUUGGUGUGAGUGUAGACAUGUCACAGUGUCACCUCUGGAUCUCUGCUCUGAAGCAGAACAAGUGAUGACUUAAACUACAAAAACACUGCUCGUUCUCAUUUGGUGAGCUUUGAAGUCUGUUCAUUAUGAUCCCCUGUGGAAUUAAUGCAAGCAUGAAUCUGGCAGAACCAUUUGUAUAUAUUAUGCCAAAGCGUUUGGAGAAUGUGGUUCUGAUGGUGGUUAUGUAUUUUCAGUAUCACUGGAUCCCUCAGUCUUCCCCCUUUUAUAAAUGUGUAAGAUUAAGAUGAACUUUCAGAUUUACUUUGUAGGAAGAAAAGUAGGAUAUUAUUGUCAUACUGUAUUUCUUAAUAUUUAACUUAUUCUGAAAUAUAUUCCACACUGUUAUACACAUUUGCCAUUAUAGUAAGACCCAAAGUGUAAUCAGCCCUGUGGAACUAGACCAUCUCCUAAAAUUCAGCAUUUACAGCAUUCCAAAAGCCUGCAUAGGUAUAAAGAAAUUGAUUUUGUAUUCAGAGUUCAAGUUAACCAUCUAAAACUCAUUGUUGAUUUAAGUAAAAAAUAUUGUUAAAGAAAACUGAGGGUUAUAAGAGAUAUUAUUCCUCUGUCCUAAAGAUGAAAAAAGCCAACGACCUACUAAUUAUUUCAAGUUUUUUUUUAUGUUUAAAUAAAUGUGAUGACUUAAAACUUGUCUCUGUUUAAAGCAAGAUGUAUCUUUCAACUGUUUUGUUACCCAGCUGUUUAAUAUUCCAGUUUCCCCAAAGUGGAAAAAUUUGUAUACAAAUGUUUUCUAUGAUUUAAUAAAGUUAAAUGGCAUAC